GUUUACUGUGACGCCUGCUAAACAAUACACACUCAAGCCCUUUGGACACGGGCCGACUCACAUUUGUGUUACAGCAGAUUAUUUAUGGGGUUAUUAUUUGUCUAUGUAGAAUUCUCAAAAUGCACUCGUCAGAUGCUUGUAUUUUUGAUCGUAGCUGAAUAAACGCAGGACCGCAGCGCCGCAGCUCCCGAUAGCGUUAUGACAGCUGCUAGCUAGGUUAGCUCACGUUUACAGUAUGCUCACCCGGUGGGGAGAAGUUAAAGUUAUAUAACCCUGGAUUAUUUUUGCGGCGCUGUUUGGCUAAAACAUUAGCCUAGCUUUAUCCACGGAAGAGACGAGAACAUCUACCAAACUGGAUAAAACAUUGGAUUUAGUCGGCUUUAAAUCGGGAUCGGCGGGUUCGCUGACCCCACAGAAGAAAAUGAAGAAGAGGAAGGAACUGAACGCAUUAAUUGGACUUGGGGAGAAUAAACGGAAGAAAACCAAAAAAGGCUCUGGACACCGACUCCUCCGAACCGAGCCGCCCGGCUCCGAGUCCGAAUCCAGCUCCGAGGAUGACGAGUUCAACAACAUGAACGGAGCGACCAGCUUCGGCAAGAGAAGCUACGCACAGUGCUGCAAUGUCUGCUACCCCUUGUUUCUCUUCAUCAUCCUCGCUGCUUGUGUCAUGGCCUGUGCUGGGCUCAUAUGGAUGCAGAUUGCCCUUAAAGAGGACCUAGAUGCACUUAAAGAAAAGCUUCACAACAUGGAAUCCAGCCAAAAAGUGUCUUCAAGUGAAAUACCGAAACUAAGUGAGGAUCUGAAAAACAAGCAGAGAGAGCUGGAUGACAUUGAGAAAGGAGACAAAGGCCUCAGCAAACUCUGGUCUAACCUUACAGAAAUUAACAGGAAGAUCAGUUUACUGGAUUCUGCUGUCAAUCAUUUGAAAGCUAACCUCAAAUCAGCAGCAGACCUAAUCAGUCUUCCCACUACAGUUGAAGAGCUUCAGAAGAGUGUGGCUACUAUUGGGAGCACACUCACAAGUGUCCAACAUGAUGUGAAGACUAUGCAGGAUGCCAUUGAAACUGAGAAGAAAGAAGAUAGUGAAAUGAAAAAAACUAUGGAUCUAACUGACCUAAAAAAGGCCGUAAACGAAGCCAACAAGACAGAGGAGCUGCACCACACGUGGACCGAUGAGCAGAUCCACCUGCUGCUCUCAACGGUGGCAGAUCUUACCCACCGACUCUCUUCUCUAGAGAACCGGUCCAACCAAACACCAAAGCCCGCUGACACCCCUUUAGUCAUCACUCAAAACCCAGAGGAGAGUGAUCCCACAACAACCAAAGCCACGCCUCAGCAUGUCCAUGUGGAGGCAGUGCCCACUUCAGAGCAGCAGAUGAGCAGACAUCCGCGCUUCCUCUCUCCAAAACGCUCCAGGAGAGAUGUUCGGAGAGCGUGUCUGAAACCAGUGUCUCUGCCUGGAGUCGCUACAUUAAAAGACCUCGAGGACCUUUUCCAACAUGCAGAGGUGGGGUCCAGUCUGCUCUCCUACCAGGACCUGAAGCGAAUAUUGGGACUGCGUAUUCCCAGUGCUCGUACACUGUCUUGUUUUGACAUUGACGGAGACCACAAGUACUCUAUGAUAGAGCUGCGAGCGGCUGUAGGUUUAUGAGCUCUGUUGUGAUUAUGCAGUGAACAGUAUUGAAGCAGAAGGAUCUAUGGUCUGGACUUCACCAAACUCCUUUUCAGUAAUUGCUGCACUUUGAUGGACUAAACAUUUAUCAAUCAGACUGUGGUGAUGUGACACUGGCAAAGUCUCUAAAAUCACAAGGUUUUUUCUUCCUAUUACAAAAAUGAUGUUCUCAGUUAUAUUCAAUUCAUCAUGGUAAAUGUUGUGAUCUCAGUUUAUUUUUCUUACACUACUGGUACAACUUGACAGUUUUUCAUCAAUAUUUUUUGCUUUCUUUUACUUUAUUCUCUUACCUUAAUGUAUAUUUUUAUGUGAGUGUUAUGUAGUUUUUAGCCUAUUAUUACUACAAAUGUUGCAACCCAAACACACUUGUAUUCACCUAUUACAAUUUAUUUAUAUAGCCUGGUGUAUAUAUGUUUACCGAAGACUACUAGAUUUAAAGAGUUUCAUUUGUAGCCUAUUUCCAAUUCUACUACAAUGUAUAGCCAUUCUUUUUAGCUUAAGACAACUCCACAAUUUCCUCUUUGUAAUAAUUUUAAUUCCCAAGUUGUUUGUUUAGUUUUUUGUGUGUACAAUAAGAUAUUGUGUUUCUUUUAAAAUAUCAGUGUAAGAUUUGAAGGGCUAUGAACACAUAUUGAAUGGACUCCAUAUUUAUACACUAUGUAGCAAUAUAUCCUAACCUUGCAGUAGAUUUUAAACUGCCUGCACCUAGAUCACACAAUGUAACAGGUAGUUAAAGCACUGACCAUCACAUUGUACUUGAUUCAUUUGAUCAUGUUGAGUUUAGUAAAUAAUGUGUAUUUAAAAAGCUUUGCAUGUUGCUCAUAACAUGAACAUAAUUAUUUAUAAUUAUAACAUACUAUUUUGCAGGACAAUGGUUAUUUGAGCUCAAAUUCUUUUGUCGAAACCUUGACUUUGGGUCUUUGCUGCUAUUGUAUAAUGGAGAUUUAAUGAAUGUUUUAGUGUGAACACCUAAAUGAAUAAAUACAGUGAAAAUGUA